CGCUCAGUGACCGGCCCUUCUCUCGCCUCCCGCCGCCGCCUCGCCACAGCCGCGCUCCCCCGGGGCACCAUGUCGGGGGACACCGCCGGCAGCGGCCCCCCGAGCCCGCGCUUCCUGGUGCCGCCGCCGCCGCCGCCCAAGAACGGUUCCAGCUCGGACAGCUCCGUCGGAGACAAGCUGGGAGCCGCCGAGCACGGAGCCUCCGGCGCCGGUGGAGCGGGCGGUGGACCGGAGAACGGAGGCCGCAGUGAGGAGUACCGGCGCCGCCGCCACACCAUGGACAAGGACAGCCGAGGGGCGGCAGCCACUGAGCACCGCUUCUUCCGCCGGAGCGUGAUCUGCGACUCCAACGCCACGGCCUUGGAGCUGCCCAGCUUGCAGCCCGCAGCGCCCUCGGCCCCUGUCUCGGGAGGCAGCGCGGCUCCCUCGGUGUUCCCUCCCUCGGGUGCCGGCCGGACCCCUUACGCCCCUGUCACCGCCGCCGAGGUCGACUCGCGGCCGCCGCCGCCCGCCCCGCUCCCCCUGGAAGGACAGGCUGCUGAGGAGCCCCCAGCCGCCAAGGAUGCCGCCCCGCUGCUGCCCAAGGAGGAGGAGGAGGGGGAUGAGGCAACUGCGUUACCCCCUACCAGUGCCUCUGGCAGCCUGUCAGCUGCCAGCCGGGAAUUUGAGGAGCGGAGAACGCAGCAGGAAGACAUCGAAGAGCUUGAGACCAAGGCAGUGGGCAUCUCCCCGGAUGGCCGCUUCCUGAAGUUUGACAUCGAGAUCGGAAGAGGCUCUUUCAAAACUGUGUAUAAAGGACUGGAUACUGAAACCACCGUGGAAGUUGCCUGGUGCGAGCUACAGGAUCGGAAGCUGUCCAAGUCAGAGCGACAAAGAUUUAAAGAGGAAGCUGGGAUGCUGAAAGGGCUUCAGCAUCCCAAUAUUGUCAGGUUCUAUGAUUCCUGGGAGUCUACAGUCAAAGGAAAAAAGUGUAUUGUUCUUGUGACGGAACUCAUGACGUCUGGAACAUUAAAAACGUAUUUGAAAAGAUUUAAAGUGAUGAAAAUUAAAGUACUACGAAGCUGGUGCCGUCAGAUACUGAAAGGCUUACAAUUUCUACACACACGUACUCCUCCCAUCAUUCAUAGAGACUUAAAAUGUGACAACAUCUUCAUUACUGGCCCCACUGGAUCAGUCAAGAUUGGAGACCUUGGUCUGGCAACCCUGAAACGAGCUUCUUUUGCCAAAAGUGUGAUAGGUACCCCAGAGUUCAUGGCCCCCGAGAUGUAUGAGGAGAAAUAUGAUGAGUCCGUUGAUGUGUAUGCUUUUGGGAUGUGUAUGCUAGAGAUGGCCACGUCUGAAUAUCCUUAUUCCGAGUGCCAAAAUGCUGCGCAGAUCUACCGUCGAGUGACCAGUGGUGUCAAGCCAGCCAGCUUUGAUAAAGUAGCAAUCCCUGAAGUGAAGGAGAUUAUUGAGGGAUGCAUUCGGCAAAACAAAGGUGAAAGAUAUGCUAUUAAGGACCUUUUGAAUCAUGCUUUCUUCCAAGAAGAGACUGGAGUACGGGUAGAACUUGCAGAGGAAGAUGAUGGAGAAAAAAUUGCCAUUAAACUCUGGCUCAGAAUUGAAGACAUCAAAAAACUCAAGGGCAAAUACAAAGAUAAUGAGGCAAUAGAGUUUUCAUUUGAUUUGGAAAGAGAUGUCCCAGAGGAUGUGGCACAGGAAAUGGUGGAGUCUGGCUAUGUCUGUGAAGGGGAUCACAAGACAAUGGCGAAGGCUAUCAAGGACAGGGUAUCUUUGAUUAAGCGCAAGCGAGAGCAGCGCCAGUCGGUGCAAGAAGAGCAGGAGAACAUACUUCAGGAAGAAGGUAGUCAGAAGCAGCAGCUGGAGCAGCAGCAGCCAUCAAGUACUUCCCAUGCAGGGUCAAAACAUCCCCAGUCUGUCACUGGUACUACUCCUGUCCCUACUGCUUCAGCGUCGGUUUCUACACAAGUGGAGCCUGAAGAGCCAGAAGCUGAUCAACACCAACAGCUGCAGUUCCAGCAACCCAGUAUAUCUGUUCUUUCUGAUGGAACAGUUGACAGUGGCCAGGGGUCAUCUGUGUACACUGAAUCUGUGAGCAGUCAGCAGGCUGUGUCCUAUGGUUCCCAGCAUGACCAGUCAGUCUCAAACACUGGAGUCCAGGGAUACCCAGCUUCAGUUGGCCAAGUGCAGUCCCAGCAGCAUGGAGGUUAUCAGCCACCUGCAGCGCCUCAACGUGGUCGUAGCAUGUCAGUUUGUGUCCCCCACCUUCCUGCUCUUCCCUGUAUGUCCUGCAUCCCUCUCAGUGCUCCUUGCACCCCACCACCAGCGCUGUCUGCACCUCUUUCUCCUUUCUACCUUCGGACUGUCCCUGAAGAAACCUUUGCAGAAAAGCUUUCUAAAGCCCUGGAAAGUGUCCUGCCCAUGCACUCUGCCUCUCCACGCAAGCAUCGACGCUCCAGCCUGCCCUCCCUCUCUGUCAGUCCUCCUCAGCAUCCUCGUGGGGGAACACCACCGUUCCCAGAUUCACAGAUAUUUUUCCCAACCGUUCAUGAACGGCCGGUGUCUUUCUCACCACCACCUGUCUGCCCGCCGAAGGUGGCAAUUGCUCAGCGGCGCAAGAGCACUUCAUUUUUGGAAGCCCAAACUUGCCACUUCCAGCCAUUGCUGAAGACUGGCCAGAGUUUAGUUCCACCUGGUGGUAGUCCCACCAAUUGGACUCCAGAGGCAUUUGUUAUGCUGGGCGCAGCAGCUCAGAGAGUCGCUGGAGAGCCUCUGCAUGUGCAAGUUAAUCCCGUGUUUGAGCAAGCUCCUGUCCACAGUGACUAUAGAUCUGGACCAACACCUCCAGAGGAUGCUCACUACAGGAUGCAUCCAGAAGCUGUAUAUUUGGUGGGCAUGCACUAUCCAUCACAGACACAGGUGCAAGGCCAGCCAGCCUCAAGCAGUGCUGCGGUGCCAUCCCAGCCUGCUCAACACACUCAGCAGAGUGCACAGCAGCCGGCCUCUUCCCAACAGCCUGGACAAUACCAGCUGCAGCAGCCCUCAGUUUCUGCCAGCACCACUCCUGCACAAACUGUCUCUCAAACUCAAACUUCACAGAUCAUGCCAAUGCCUCAGGCAGCAGCUGGGACACAGCUUCCUGUUUCCCAACCAGUGUCGAUCAUCCAAGGCGAGCCUCAAUUACCUGUUGCAGCAUCUUCUCUCCCUCAGCCUUCAGUUGCCCCAUCAGUCCCCAUUGGCUCUCAUUUUCUACCCAUGGGACAGGCCUUGCCAACUUCCGUGGUUCCCCAGUUCCCAGUGUCUCAGUUGCCUGUAGCAGCUCCUCACGUGACAGUGGCUCAGCCAGGUUUCCAGUCGCUGCCCAUUUCAAUGGCAGCUGGCAUGAAUCAGCCACUGCUCACACUGGCCACGUCUGCCGCGGCAGCUGCUGUUCCUGUAGGACCAAGCGUUGUCCCUAGCCAGCUUCCCACACUGAUGCAGCCUUUGGCUCAGCUGCCCAGCCAGGUUCUCCCGCAGCUCCUGCAGCCGCCUGUCCAGGCCGUGGGAUUGCCAGUCAGCAUUGGACAAGCUGCUGAAGCUUCACUUCCUGCUGGAGAUGCUCUUUACCAGGGCUUCCCAUCCCGGCUGACACCGCAAUACCCAGGGGACUCGAGCGUCGCACCUUCCUCGGCUGUGGCCUCUGCCAGUAUUCCUUCUGCUGUGCUGUCCCCUCCCUUGCCCACAGAUGCAAUGGCCCAGUCAGGGUACCUUGCUCCUGUUGUGCAGCCCUAUGGGGAACAGAAUGUUUUAGUUUCCAUGGGCAGCCUGGGUGGACAGGCUCAGGUGCCCCAGCCUCCUUUGAGUUUAGCACAACAGGCCUCAUCUGCCUCCUCACAGCAGGCAGUUGUGGAGCAGAAUGUCAUGCCAAUGUGGGGACCUUGUUGCCACUGGUUGUUCUGUUGGGAAGGUACUCAGGGUGUCUCACAGACCGCUUCAGAGACUCUUCCAGCAACACAGCCUGCUCAGUCUACCCCUUUGGCAUCUUCUAUGGAUAGUGCACAUUCUGAUGUUGCUUCAGGAUUGAGUGAUGGCAACGAGAAUCUUCCAGCUUCGAGUGGAAGGCACGAGGGGAGGACAACGAAGCGUCACAUGCGGAGGUCUGUCCGCAGCCGCUCUCGCCAUGAGAAGACUUCUAGGCCAAAACUGAGAAUUCUAAACGUUUCCAACAAAGGUGAUCGGGUAGUGGAAUGCCAGCUGGAGACACACAAUCGGAAAAUGGUUACUUUCAAAUUUGAUUUGGAUGGUGAUAACCCUGAGGAAAUAGCUACAAUUAUGGUGCAGAAUGAGUUUAUUUUAGCAACAGAGCGAGACUCAUUUGUAGAACAGGUACGAGAGAUUAUUGAGAAAGCAGAUGAAAUGCUCAGUGAGGAUGCAAGCGUGGAGCCAGAAGGGGAUCAGGGGCUGGAGAGUAUGCGGACAAAAGAUGACGGCUUCUUCCCGGGGUCACAGAAAUUAGAGUUCAAACAGCCAGAUCCUACAUCUUCCAUGCCACAAAGAAUAGGGGUUCCCUCUAGCUCCUUUACCCAGGUUGUUCAUUCUGCUGGAAGACGGUUCAUUGUCAGCCCCGUCCCCGAGAACCGAUUGAAAGAACAGGGCUUUUUCACAUCUGCCGUUGGAGGAAACGAAACUUCAGAUAUGGUUGCAGCAUCUCCUGUACAUGGUCCUGGAAUGAAUCUCUCCCACUCAGCAUCUUCACUGAGCUUGCAGCAAGCUUUCUCUGAGAUGGGGCAUGCUCAGAUGACAGAAGGACCUAGCACAGCUCCUCCAGUGUUCAAUCAAACAAUGCCACCAUUUCCACCUGCGCUUUCUACCAUGGCGGGCAGUGGUGCAACUCCUGCAUCUGUGGCUACUUCUUCAGUAUCUGUUUCCUCCAGCACUGGUGUGUCUCUUCCAGGAUCUGUUACUUUGCCUUCAGAAAAUGCAGCUGUUGGGGCUGCACCAAGCACAAGUGUGCCAAGCUCUAUUUCUCCACCUCCAGCCUCACAAUCUGGGCAGCAGUCGACCGGUGUCACUUCCAGCGUGAGCGCCCCUGCUUCUUUCUCCUUAUCUGCCACGUCCCAGCCUGCUCAACCAGUGACUGCAGACAUUGCUGCCAGUGUCAGCACACCAUCAUCUUCAGCACUGCCAUCUGCCCACGUUCCUGGUGUCACUGCUCUCGGUGCUGCCGCACCAGCUGUGACAUCUCAGUCUUCUCCUCAGACUGUGAGUAGCAUGGCAGCAGCACAGACGUCUGCUGCCCUGUCUCUGGCUCAGAACGUGGCUUUGCAGCUUCCCCAGCUCAGCAGCAGUGGCUCUGUGUCCAGUCUGGCAGAAACAACAGUCGUAAGCGCUCCACAGUCACUACCUGAGAGUGGGCACUCUCUGGAUAAAUCGCAUUCCUGCAAUGCAGCUGGCUUAUCUCUGCCAAUCUGUGCACCUUUAUCAUCCUCAAUAGCAUCAAGCAUAUGUGGUUCAGUCUCUCAGCCAGUGAUCCAUCCCUUACUUGUUCCAUCGGGAAUUACAUCAACGCCUGUCCUACCCCAGAUUUCAGGUGCAACACCCAUGUUGCCCCAGGUUCCCUUACCUGGUGUCUUGCCACAACCAGUCACUAACUUGCCUGCAGUACAGCAGACUUUGAUCCACAGCCAGCCUCAACCAGCUCCAUUGCCCAACCAGCCUCAUGUUCACUGUCUGGAGGCUGAUGCCGAUGCUCAGUCUAAAGCCCCUGGUAUUGAUGAUAUAAAGACCCUGGAAGAAAAGCUGCGAUCUCUCUUCAGCGAGCACAGUAACGUGGGAACGGUGCACCCAUCAGUGUCUCUGGAGACCUCGCUGGUAAUGGAAACCACAGUUGUUCCUGGCAUCCCAACCACUGCUGUUGCACCAAGCAAACCCCUGACAUCCAUUAGCACUUGUAUACCUCCAAGCAGUUUGCCUCUUGGACCAACUGGCUUGCCAGUGCUGACUCCAGUUGCCACUCCUGGGCAAGUGAUCACCCCGGUCAGCUACAUCUCGGCCUCGAGCAGCGCGGCCACAGCAGCAGUGAAAGCAGGGACCUCUCCUUCCAAGCCCCCUCUCAGCAGGGUACCGGUGCUACCAAUAGGUUCUGACCUUCCGGCUGGCACUCCAUCCAGUGAGCAGCUGCCUCCUUUUCCAGGACCUUCACUAACUCAGUCCCAACAGCCACUGGAAGAUCUGGAUGCUCAGCUGAGGAGAACCCUUAGCCCAGAGACCGUCCCAGUGACAUCUGCCCCUGCCUGUUCUGUGCCCUCAGUAGCAUCAACAGUGGUUACUGGGCCGGUGUCCACAGCAACACAGUGUCUGAAGGAUGUUUUGGCAGUAGGUGAUGGAGACAGCGGAGCUGUGGCUGCUGCAGCAGGAGCCAGUGUGCUGAAGAUGGGACGGUUUCAGGUAUCGGUGGCAGUGGAUGAUGUGCUAAAAGAGGGUGACAAACCUGACACGAAGCCAGUGCAAUUUGAAACCACCUCCACUGAUUCUUCAAGCCUUUCUGGCAGUAGCCCAGAGAGCACGCUGGUAAAGCAGGCUGAGAGCAGGAAGAGUGGGGCCGUGGCUGCUGCUUCCUUGGAUGUGGUGGAUGGCAUUCCUGAGGCAGCUCCUGGGCUGCCACUGCCGGGAGAUGCUGCUCAGGCCACCAAGGUUGGGCGCUUCCAGGUGACGACAGCGACGGAUCAAGUGGGGCGCUUCUCCGUGUCGAAGGCUCGGGAUGAGGUCAGCUGUGCUGAGAAAGAGCCAAUGACUCUUCCUCUCUCUGUGGGCUUAGAACAAGUUGCUUCUUCAGCUGCAGCUCCGAAGAAAGAGUUGGAGUCGAGGCAGUCCCCACACAUGAAUGGUCCAUCCUCUGAUCCGGAGGUCGCUUUUCUCAGUGGAAUGGCUAAGGAUUUGGAUGAUGGCUCAGCGAGCCCAGACUCUGUCCAGCACCUGGGAUCGAAGAUCAGCCUCCCUGUUCAGAGCCUUAGCAACUCCUUCAACUCUUCCUACAUGAGCAGUGACAAUGAGUCGGAUAUUGAAGAUGAAGACUUGAAGUUGGAACUCCGUCGGUUGCGGGAGAAGCACCUUAAAGAGAUCCAGGAGCUGCAGAGCCGCCAGAAGCAGGAGAUUGAGUCACUCUAUGUGAAACUUGGAAAGGCUCCACCUGCAGUAAUUAUUCCCCCAGCUGCACCCCUUUCAGGAAGAAGGAGAAGACCUACGAAAGGAAAAGGCAGCAAGUCCAGUCGUAGCAGCUCCCAGGGACACAAAAGCCCUCAGCUAUCAGGCAACCUGUCAGCUCAAAGUGCACCAUCAGUCUUGCCCCCUCAGCAGACCCUUCAUCCUCCUGGCAGUGUGCCAGAGACUGGGCAGAACCAUUUGUUACAGCCCCUCAAACCUUCACCUUCCAGUGAGAAUCUCUACUCUGCCUUCACCAGUGAUGGUGCCCUGUCGGUACCGAGCCUUUCGGCGCCAGGCCAAGGCUGUGCGAAGUUUAACUGUGCAUCUGAGAGAGUGACCUUCAAGCCUGGUGGCAGGAGGACCCGAUUUCUGAGUACGCCCUGCUUGGCUCUUUGGAAGAUGGUGAAAAAAGUCUGUCCUUGCAACCAGCUCUGUAGGACCAGCAGCACCAACACAGUGGGGGCUGCAGUGAACAGCCAGGCUCCCCAGAGCCAGCCCACGGCCAUCGCCUCGAGCCGCAAGGGCACCUUCACAGAUGACCUGCACAAGCUGGUGGAUAACUGGGCUCGGGACGCCAUGAACCUGUCUGGCAAGAAAGUUGGCAAAGGGCACAGCAACUACGAGGGCCCUGGAAUGGCAAGAAAAUUCUCGGCACCAGGUCAGCUCUGUAUCUCUAUGACAUCUUCCCUGGGUGCUACACCCAUCCCUGCAGCAUCAGCUACCUCUUUAGGUCCCUUCAGCAAGGCCAUGUGCCCCCCGCAGCAGUACGGUUACCCAGCAGCGUCCUUCCCCCCGCCCUGGAGCGGGGCAGGGGGGCCAGCACCGCCACAGCUCGGCCAGUUCCAGCCCGUGGGGGCCACCUCUUUGCAAAGCUUCAACAUCAGCAAUUUGCAGAAGUCUGUCAGCAACCCUCCAGGCUCCAACCUGCGGACCACUUAGCCGUGCCCAGAGACCCUGCUGGCUACACCUCGGGACAGGACAUGGGGAGGGAGAUGGGGCCCUGUAUCACUACUAGUGCUGCAAUGAACUGGUAGCUUGCCAGACUGGGAAUGAAUUUCUCUUUUGCAACCAUUGCUGUCAACUCUCUGUAGCGGGAGUUUCCCCACACACUCGGAAGGGGGAGGAGGAUGAUCAGCAUCCUUGUGAUGGGACAGUGCUUUUCACGAGGGGGGCUGCUCUCGUGUGGAACGAGAGCUGUGAGCAGAAGCCAGGGGGGUCAGUUCAUACAGUCUUGCUGUUAAAUAUUUCUGGUUGGAGGCUGAAUCCACACGUGUGGAGGUGGGAGAGCUGAACCCUAGCAUGAGGCUUUAGCAUGCUUCUCGCCUCUUCCUGAAGAACCAAGAUCCAGAAAAAGCUGUCCAAAUUCCCCUCCUCUCCCUCUCCCCAGUCAAUAGCAUCUGGCUCUGAAAUGAUGGGGCACACGAAUGGACUUGUGGUGCAGCCCGUGCUUGAUAGGUCAUUACUGCUUUAAGUAAGAUAUUAACAGCUUUGACUGCAGCAUUAGAGCAAUUUAAAUUGUUAAAAAAUUUUUUAAAGUUCCCUGCGGACAUGUACUUACCAUCAGUUUUGAUGUGGAAACACUGUGAUUAUAUAAAUGUUGUUGGACAACAGUAGUUUAAAAAUGAGUGGAAUAUAGAGGGUUAAAAAAGUUAAAAAGAAAAAAUGGGAAAAAAAGCUAGCUAUAUCCUUAUACUUAUUGGAGACACUUUAACUUUUUCCUUUGUAUUUUCAUUGUAUUAGAUAAAUAAAUGUGAAUGUAAAAUUGUA